AUGGGAACCUCACAAUCAACAAUGAUCUUGGGUUAGCCUCUUAAGUAAACCAAAGUGGGAACACACUACCCUGGAGGCAUUUUGGAGAGAAAAAUAUAGUUAACAGAUGAGCAAGUCACCACACUGACCAAUUUUAUUAGACUCAAAGAGAAGAAUAUGAGACAACCAAUUUUCCUUAAAAUUCAUGCUCUAUAGAAGGAUGACUCUGGAAUCUUUUGCAAUUCCAAUAAUACAAUUAAAAUCUAUACCCAAUUUAGUGAGAUUGACUUAUCAAAUGAAAUACGAAGACGACGUAUCGCCUCUCAACAUUUUACCAACCAAGAAUUGGUGUACAACUUAAAACUAUUAAUUGAAGCCAUGGCAAUCUAUCAAAGCUUUAACAUUCAUUAUAACUUGUCCUCAAACACUUUACUUUUUGAUACAAUCAUCAAAAUCAUGGAUCCAUACAUAUUCGAUCUUAAGUCACCCCAAUUACCGCAUUACAAAGAUCAAUCUGGUUCUGUAUUUUCCUCAUGGCCAAUAGGUAUUAUCCUAUUGGAAAUGAUCACACUCAAUUUACAGACAAACCUAGUUAACAUGGAUGGAACUUUAAACACCUACCUAUUUAGCAAUUUAUUAGAAUAAAUUGAUGAACCUUAUCUGAAACAAUGUCUACUCUACAUCUUUGGAGGAAUCCAAAGACCUGAUUACAUACAAUUACGAGAUGAAUUAAAUGGAUAAAUUAUAAGAUUACUGCCAGCCUUCCAAAUGCAACCAGAAAAUAUGCAGCAUCCUACUAAUUUCUCUAUUCAAGAAUAAUCUAAAUAUUAUGAAGCUAUCUCUUAACAAUAACAAAUAAUCAAAACACAAUCUAACCAACCACUUCCACUCAUUCCAUUAGCUCAAUCUAAUUUAAUUAUCAAUUCAAAUAACAUAUCUUAAAAAAAAGAGAAUAUCACUCCCAUUUCUACUACCAGAUCUAAUAAUUAAAGUGUCUUACAAGAAAAGAUAGAAUAAAUCAGAGCCACCUAUUUCAAUCACAAAAAUUAAUAAUAACCUUCAUAAAUGUAUUUGUAUCGCAAAAGUCCUGAAAAACAAUCAGAAACCUCCUCUACAGGAUCCGAAGAUCUCAAAUCCUUCUCCAACGGAUUACAAAUUGAUCUAUAAUCGGAUCCAUUCUGCAGAGAGAGAGAAUCUGAUGUUAACACCUUAUCUAAACAAUUUAACUUCCAAAAUGAAGAAUAUAUCUGUGAAACCUAUCUAGAUGGCUCUAUUUAUGAAGGAUUUAAAAAGAAUCAAAAAAAGAAUGGAUAAGGAAGUCUGUAUUAUAGUGAUGGAGGCUUUUACAUAGGAUAAUGGCAAAAUGAUGUGAUGAAUGGAUAUGGUUCAUUAUAUUAUCCUUCAGGCAAACUAGCAUAUCAAGGAUGUUGGGUCAAUGGAAAGUUUCAAGGCAAAGGAAUGCUAUUUAAUGAAAAUCCCAAAGACUGUCAAGAUAUUAAUUUUGAAGAUUUUGACUCUAUUAGUGAUUGCUGGAUCAGCUAUUCAGGAGAUUUUGUCCUUGAUAAGAAAUAGGGUAAAGGUGUAUUAAUUUUCACCAAUGGAGACAGAUUUGAAGGCCAAUUUAAAGAUAAUAUGAUCAAUGGUCCAGGCACAUUUAAAUCAGGCAACAAAGUAAUUUCUAGCAUUUGGUCAAAAAAUAUGAUUAUGUGA